AUGAGGACACAGAUGGCUAUCUCAAGACUGCAUAAGCACCCGGAACUUAUCGAUGGGAAGGAUGAAGCUAACCUGUCUUCAAAACUACCAAAACUUCCGGUGGGGGAUAACUUAAUAGCAGGUAUGAUUUCACGAGCUGCUGUGGGGUUUAUUACCAUGCCCAUCACCGUUUUGAAGGUUAGAUUUGAAUCUGAUCUAUACCACUAUACUUCUCUCACAAAUGCAGCAGUUUCCAUGUACAAAAAGGAGGGUAUCCAAGCAUUUUUCUCUGGAUUUGGCGCAACUUGUUUGAGGGAUGCUCCCUAUGCUGGCCUUUAUAUGGCCUUCUAUGAAAAAAAUAAGGCAGUUCUUCCAAGGUUGAUGAGAUCCAAGGAUCAUGAUGACGAGCUCUCUCCUCACUUGAUGUCAGCCUCUAAAUCCGCAUUAAUUAAUUCACUGUCUGCUGUUCUCGCUGCCUUCUUUGCCACAGCUAUUACUGGUCCAUUUGAUACAAUCAAGACGAAUAUGCAAUUGGAUCCUCACAAAUAUAGAACUUUCCGACAGACAGCGGGAAGCCUUGCUCGGGAAAACUGGAGGCGUUUGUUUGAUGGACUCAGCCUUCGUCUUUUAAGGAAAGCAGGUAGUGCGGGUAUCGCCUGGUGUAUUUAUGAGGAGAUCGUUAGAUUAUAA